CUCCCUCUCUUUCUUUCAUGUCGUUACGCUUUAAAAGAACCCUUCAAGUCACAAGGGCAACAAGACCAUUAUGUCCCAUCUAUCAAUCUCGGUUACAAACACGCCCACUUUCCAUCUGGACUGUACCCAAAAUCAUCUUGGCUACCACAAGUAAAAAAAAGCGCGGUCUUAUUUUGGGCACACUCGGUGCUGCUACUUUUUUAAGUUCUGUCAUGGGGCCUGUUGUCUGGGUAGCCGCAGGCGGUGCUGCCUCGUUGUUUACCUGGCGAUUGCUUAAAAAGACACAGAGCUGGUGGAACUAUUUAUCACCUAUCUUGGGUUCACAUCAGAAAGACCAGCCUUCGUUAUCGCAAGCGCUUUUAUCUCAGAUUGGUACACAUCGAGCAGCUGAAGUGGUGCGUAUGGAAGCUAUCAAGAGUUUGAAAGACUAUUUUGGCAAAAACAAACAGAUGCUUCAAGAAUUCGGAUUGGAUCAUCCUAAUGAACUUACGUGGGAAGAUGUGCAUAGAUCAGAAACAGUACGCUUAGACAGUGAUAAGCACCAAGUGUCAGUUCAGUUCUGGUUGGAGGAUCAGACGUCAAAAGGACCCAGGGGAGGAAGUUGUGAAGUCACUGCUUCUGCUGUUGUAAGUGGACAAGGCAAUGUUGCAUUAGAACAAGUGAAAUUGAGUUCGCCUGGUUGGCAUCAAGAUGAAAUUGUCAUUGGCAAUUAA